AAACCGCAAUGAAAGAAAAUGCAAGGUCUCCAAGCAUCUUAAAGCAGUCUUGUUCCUCGGGGGAAAUCUUUCUGUCCUGAUGGUGUGAUAAUAAAAUCACCUGGGAAUGGCUUGAUUUUUCAGGAUUUGGUAGCACCUUCAGCUAGGGCAGAAGUGGGAAGAGUCUCUUGGGGCCAAUUGGAGAGUCUUCCUUGCAACACAGAUGAAACAAGAUGGAAGAGGAAGACUCGGUCAUUCUUGAAGACGGUAGAGGCCCAUAUGCAAUCCAGGUUGGGAGCAACGGGGACUUCUGGGAAAGAACAAUGCAGAAGAUUCUGGAUGAGGAGGACACCCUCAGCUCAUAUUUACAGCUCCACUUUGGGCAUUUCAACCACACAGAAGCCAAGGGGCCCCGAGAGGUUUGCAGCCGACUCCACCAUCUUUGCCGUCAGUGGCUGAAGCCAGAGCAACACACGAAGAAUGAGCUGUUGGAUCUGGUGGUCCUGGAGCAAUUCCUGGCUGUCCUCCCCCCGGAGAUGGAGAGCUGGGUGAGGGAAUACGGAGUGGAGACCAGUUCCCAGGCGGUGGCCCUGGCUGAAGGUUACCUCCUGAGCCAGGCAGAGGACAGGAAGUGGAAACAGCUACAGGGAAAAGGUCUGUUUGCCGAACCAACCACUGAUGUCCCUGCAGCAGAGGGAGCUUUGGUGGAUGCCAAGCAGUGUUUCCUGCGAAGGAGGAACGUUCAGGGGAGUUGGGGAGCUGCAGCAGCACUCAGUAAGAAUUAA